GCUCGAGACACGAGCGCGCUGAGCGAGGAGAGAGCCUCUCUCGGGCGCCUCGCGAUCGUUUCCCCGAUAUCGUGUGUCACAACAAAAAUAACCUUAGACUUUUCUUUCGCCCAGCCACUGUAUAAUUCGUUCCCACGUUGCCAGACGCUCAAGCAACAUGGUGACUCUUUGUUUUCCGCGUAAAAAUCUCUCGUCCCUUGUGAAUUUAUGACUGAGCAAAAAAACCAGUGAGCAUCGAAGUGCGCGUGUGUACUUUCUUGAAAAUGAUCGAGAUUCGUUAUUAUGGGUAGAGCUUUCCGAGCCAGCGGCCCAGCCUCUGGUCGAAGCGGUGAACACACCAAAAAAAUAACACAAGUUAAAAUCAAGAAGAAGAAGCGGAAAAGGGACCUCGAAGAAUUGCAUCAAAACGUGCUCGAAGCCAAACGGGCUGCGCGUCGCGGAGGAGGGCAGCACAAAACGACAUGGGAGACAAAUUUCGCCAAGGUUUUGCGUAAUUUCGCGGACAAGAGAGACGACCACGUGGAAGAAAAUGAAGCUAAGGAUGCCAAGUCGAGGAAAAAAAAAUCGAAAAAAAUAUGCGACAGGCUUUUACCCGAACCGAUGCUCGGCAUGUACGAAAACGGAGCCAAAGGUAGAGAAAUUUGUAGAGUGGCUGGACGUCUGAACGGAAUGAGCGAUGCUCGUCUGCGGGGAAACGUGCUGGAGCUUCUAAAGGGUGACGAAACGAACCCCGAUGCCAGAAGGAGAAAUAAGGAGGGAAUGAGAAGCACGAAGGUGCAAGGAAAGCCGAUGAUUGGAGGUAAAGAUGAACCGACUGAGUUGCCACGUCAAAGGGACGAGGACAAGUGCAAAAGACGAUUGUUCGAGCCGGAUGACGAGGACGAACCCACCAAAAAUAGUUUUGAUGCUAUCGAUCGUGCCAUGAUAACGGACCACGAGAUACGGUUUUCACCGAGCAGAGCAAAAGACGUCGCUGAUUCGAAGGAACGAAAUAUUCUCGGGUAUGAUCGAGAAAAAAGAACAAUCCCACGGGACCCGGGCUCACAAAACGUUCGUGACGGAUCGAGGGCUCGCAGAGCAGUUAACAAAAAUCUCAUCGAUGAUCGCCUCUGGAGCUGGUCACCUGCAACUUCUUACGAGAGACUAUGCGCCAUGAUUUCUAUUGACAACUUCGAAAACUCGGAGUACAAUUGGCACACAGAUCCAAUUCCUAAAAUUCAAACUGCAAUAACCGAGAUAUUUUUGCGAAAUGUUCUGCGAGGUUCAAGAGACGCGUCGAAAGAACCUCGUGAGUCGAGCAGUACGACGGCUCUGGAAAAAUCCAUCAUAACGAGUAACGGUGAGGACGUGAUUUAUCAGGCUUGCACCCAAGACUCUGACAUGGAUCAAUGUUCCUCAACCAACAGUUCGACUACGAAAAUCGGUUCGUGGCAUCCGCUGGAUAAACAAGGAAGGACAACUGUAUUUGAGAAAAAGAAUGUGAAAGGAUUGAAAAGAACGAGAGGAAGUCAGAAGAUGGAGGAAGAUUCUUCAACGAAGGACAAAAAUGAAAGAAACGAUUUGUCCUCGAGCCCUGAUGUGGUGCAAAAAACGAUAAAUUCAGUGUCAGAAUUUUUGGAGCAAUUUCAUAAGCACAAUCCUGUAAGACGAAAGGAUAAAAACGGCUUUGAGACGGACAUCGAUAAGGGCAAAAGGACGAGUGGGAGUGGAGAAAAAUUACACGUUUGUUUGGACAGCCCACCUCGAGAUGUCCAAUCGAGUGAUACUUCGAAAUGCAUUCCACGAAGAAACACAACGAAACACGUACCAACGAUCCUACGAAGAUCGAGCGAACAUUGUGGCUCCGUGGAAUCGAUGGACCACGAGGAAAAUACUUGCGAAUUUUUUAUCCCAAAGCCUGCUGGACGAAGAAUCCUCAAGGAACACAUUGGCAACGACGAAAACUCGAUUUUCUCAAACCACAAUCCAUUCUCACCGUCGGAAAGAGUUAUUCGAUCGACCGGACACAUGACCAUUUCACCCUGUGCAGCCUCCGUACUCCGAGAACCGAAUUAUUAUCAUUAUCGUACGCCCGCACGAGAACGGAGCAAGGAACUCGCCGAGCAUCGACAGUUAGAUCGAGCGAACGACCAUAAAUCAAAGUUCAACUUUAUGCGCACAAAGUACAAUUCAAACCCGAGGCUAUCUUGGUCGGAAGAGCUCGAGGUCAAACCGUCCCAGGAGGAUGGCUACGAGGAGGGUUUAUCGGAUCGUAAGAUCGAAGGAACCAGUCGGGAUUUCAUGGAGGUGGUAAAUGUGAGGAGUAAUACUCACAGAAAUCGUACUCUGUGCGAGAAUCAGCAGGGAGUUAUGGAUUUCCAAAUGGAUCUCGCGGACCAGAGCGAAAGCGACGUAGCAGAGGAGGAAAUUGGUGGAAAACGAGUGGCCUUUUUCCGAGACUCUGAUCGCUUCUUCAACGCGAAUGAUCGGGACAAUGUGGAGGUAUUCGAAGCCGGCUUUCAGCAGAGAAAGAACCAUCAAAAUCCCGGAAUCAAAGCUCGUAAGACUCUUUCUAACUUUCCUCGUAGCGCCCACCAUGAUAGUCCGAGGAAGUCUAUGAGAUUUUCAUCCUUUGAGUUCCGACGUUCGGACACCGAGCGAGCCUCUCACAGGUUCAAUGAACCGAGCAACGAGCCUCAAGAGCAAAACCAUCCGGUUUUUCAUGACGGAAAUACUGCCGAGUCAUUUACGAGGGUAGAGAACGAAGAUUUUGCGAAUAAACCGGCUUCUCAAUUUUUUUUAGCGGAUAAACACGAAAGUGCCGCUUGGCGGUAUGCCGACACGCAGUCCUGGCUUUACAAGCAAGCGGUUCAAGGUCACGCGAGCUCUGAACCGUCAAAAAACCCGCAACGUCACUACGAAAAUCCACGUCCGAGUGACAGAUCGAGCAACGGGUUCGUGGCGGCGGGAGAGCCUCGAGGAAUUAUGAGAAAACCAGUCGUCCUCUUCCGACCGAUCGAAGAAGUUGGUCAAAAAUUCAUGCUCCAGAAUCGAAAUUCUCGCUACCGUCAUAAUCCUGACUCGAACGUCAUGAGAGCAGCUGUGAAAAAUCUCCGGGAGAUCGCCUUCGAGGAUAAAAGUAAAAAACACCCUCCACGGGAAUCGGACGAUGCAAAUUACGAGCGGAAACGGCGACGAGUCUCCCCAUCUCCUCGCGAUCAACAGUUGACCGUAAAUCCGUCGAAUCAGCUCUUCUACGAAAGUCUGUGCUCGUUCACGCAGCCUGCGAAGUUUCUCGCUUACGAGACAGUGGAAGGUAGCGAUCCUCGAAGAAUUCCAAUUUUUGAGAAUGACAUUCCCAACGUCCCCGCUGAUAACAAUAAACGUGGAGCUUCGGAGCUCCAGAUAAUUGAUGAAAGGUCAGAAAACUCCGGUGCUGGCCACCGCAGAUUUAUCGAAGUUGCUCGACCCGUCGAAGAGCAAGAAAAUCGUGACAAUCAACGAGUCGUACAACAAUUAGGAGGAGUCAUUUUGGCAGCGGAUCAAAAUUACUUGACAUCGUUGAACAACGACGAAAGCACGUUUUUGUCGAGUUCUGGGCUCGAACUUGGUCGAACGGAACGACAGCGUUCUCGACGAAUUGCCGUCAUGGUGCCUCUUCCAGCCUCCUCCCAUUAUCAUCCGACAUCGAAAUUGCUCCCAGCUACGGAAAUCGAUUCGAGGCCCUCCGCCGCUGCUCCGGACGAUCGCGAGCGAGCAUCUCGACCCGGACAAUUCAGGUUCGAGGUCGAAUCGUCCGCUCCACUUCCGGUUAAUGCAAAUAGGGAGCAAGACCAGUCGAGAUAUGAGAUGAACGUCGAAUUUGUUGGUGCGCCCGAGGCCACCGAUCUUCCCGAAAGAAUUCAACUGCCUGACGGACGAAUCGGAAUAUUGCUAGCCCACAAUCAUCGUCCCAUCGGUAAUUCCUCGCAACUUUAUCACUCGAAACAUACUCGAACCAUUAAUGACCCGUGCAGCCUCGGCGAACCGACGUUACACGCUGAAAACAGAUGCGUCUAUGGCUUCAAUGAAAACGACCCGAACGUUUAUUCUCAGCUAAAUUUUCAACGGAACGUGGGUUACGGCGCUAACGAGGCGUAUCAUCGUCCGACUCGUGCAAAUGGAGCUCCGGAUACUUUCACGGGCAUAUAAACGAGGACUGGAGAUACAGCUGGUAUCCCUGAUAAUGUUAAUUGUGUAGAUAUAUUGAGUUGUAAAAGCUUUUCGCGUUAAGCCGCACGAGCUGAAUAUCUGCUCGGCUCGAUCUGCCGGUGGCACAAUUUUUCGUGAAUCUACAAGAUUCUGUGAGGCGAUUGUCGAUUAUAAAAACGCGAGGGGGGGGGGGGGGCGGAUAACGUGGUCGAAUGAGUGGGAGGACGAGGGAAGGAAGGUUGGCGCUUGUUGCCUCGAUUAGAUUGAGCUUGCUGCGUUCAUUACAGCAGCGUUUAUUUUUGCAUUUCAUUCCAGUUUUUUUCCCAUAUAAAUACUCGUGUGUACGUUUGUGCGAGCGCGCCUUGCGAAUCUGUUUUUUUGCCUUUGUAUAUUUCGAGGCCGAUUUAGAAGCGGGAAAAGUGUCCGAUGCUCGUAGACAACGAGAAAUUUGAAAAUUUAUCGUUUUUAUUUGUCGUUUUGCCAUGAUAGAACAGACAAACGUGUGUCGGAGGAGCUGUUUUUUUUUUUUUUUUUUUGCGG